AUGAAGCCUCCACAGAUUAUCUUCCUAACUGUACAGGUGGGCGAAUGGUGUAACGAAAAGGAAAGUGGACGUUUUGAGGUGAACAAACCGAUCUGUCUUAGUUUUACUGCCUACCAUCCAGAAGAAUGGCAGGCUUCUUGGGGUAGUACGUGGUUUCUGUGUGGUUUGAGCGUAGUACGAACAAUUUUGGAAGCAAUCAUCAGUUUUUUCCCGGUUGAAUCGAGCGGAGCCAUCGGCUCCAUCACAUGCAGUAGCACGAUGCGGAAGCGAUUUGCAAAGGAGGUAAGCGCCGCAUCGGGACGAGUAACCCGCAGAGUCGCUCCUACUGCUGUCCGAAGUGUGGGCCGAUCGUCGAUCUGA